GAGGGAGUGUAUGACCAGAACCUGCCAGCUGCACCCUUCUCCGGGCGCCAGGAUUAAUCCCGUGGCUCGCUUCUGAGGAUGAGUCAGAGGUGGCCUUCUCCUGGGGGAGGGGACAAGACCUGCCCACGUGUGCCCUGUGACUUAAGGGCAGGACUCAGACAAGCAAAUGCUCGUUAAGCUCUCUAUUCUCCGGAGUUUGGGGCUCUGUCUGUGUGUUCUUUGGCAUGUGAUGAGUCCCCAUUUCUUCACUCUUUUUGGUCAAAUUCUGACUAGCAAGUUGUUGGCUAUAGACAAGUGUCCUGGAGCAAGGAAGGAGAUGCAGGGUGUGUGUGUGGCGUGGCUGGGCGUGGGUGGGGGCGAUGGGGGCAGAGAGUGAGUUAGCCAGAUUGGUAGGUAUGAGAUUGAGGGGAAGAAAGACCCUUGCCCCACCCCAGAGCACCCCAGUCAGGCCAUGCGUUUGUGACAUUCUAACACUGGGAACCCACCCUAGUCUCAGGUUUCCCAUCCUGUGUCCCCGAGGCUGGACGAGGCAGAGUACCCCUCCUGGGGCAGAGAGCUUGCCUCAGUGGGAUGCCUCCCUGUCUCCCAGCAGGAUCGUGCUGGUCCCUCCUUUGCAGCACAUGGGCUUCCCGGUGCACGCGGCUGCCCUUCCCCGCCUGAGUCUGAUCCUGCUUCUCUGGAGCUGCGGGCCCGGGGGCCAGAGCCAAGAAUUGCAGUUUGGGCCCUGUCGAGUGGAAGGGGUAGUUCUCCAGAAACUGUGGGAGGCCUUCCGGGCCGUGAAGGACAUUGUGCAAGCUCAGGAUAACAUCACGAGUGUCCGGCUGCUGCGGAAGGAGGUUCUGCAGAACGUCUCGGAGGCUGAAAGCUGCUACCUCAUCCACGCCCUGCUGAAGUUCUACUUGGACACCGUCUUUCGAAACUACCGCCGUAAGGCAGCAGAGUUCAGGAUCCUGAGGUCAUUGUCUACUCUGGCCAACAAUUUUAUUGUCAUCAUGUCAAAACUGCAACUCAGUCAGGAAAAUAAGAUGUUUUCCACCAGGGAAAGUGCACGCAAGAGGUUUCUGCUGUUCCAGCGAGCAUUUAAACAGUUGGACAGAGAAGCUGCUGUGACCAAAGCCUUUGGAGAAGUGGACAUUCUUUUGACCUGGAUGGAGAAAUUCCAACAGCUCUGAACGCCUCCACCAGGAUACCCUCCUUGGCCUCCGUGCCAUUUCAAACGAGCGUCCCUUUCUGUGAUUUUCGCUGGGCACCCUACACCCUUGACCAUGAAUCCCAUUCCGUUCCUGGCCCAGGCUUAUCCUCAAAGACUUCAUCCUUUAAGUUACAGGAGGUUCCCUCAGACGCUGUAAAUAUUCCACAAAGCAGAUUCCUGUAUUUAUUACAACUCUAUUUAACUCCUAUCAGUGUUUUAACUGAUGCCAUAUUUAUUUAUCAGACUGAAAGUUCUGUGAAGGCAUCAAGGACAGUGCCCCACGCUCCUCUCUUACCCUUCACAACCCUUGCCACCAUGUGGGGCAGUGAUGGAUGCUCCAUAAAUGCUUAAUAAACUGGAUUUAAA